AUGGAUGCAGAAGCCACAGUGAAGUCCAGAGAACAAAAGGAAACAGUGAGGAGAGGAGCAGAAGCUCACUACUGCAGGCUCAUGGCCGGCACUUUACCACAAUCUCACGUCACCAGCAGGAGGGCAGGAUGGAAAAUGUCCUUCUUCCUUGUACUGUGCCUGCUACAAGGUUCUUCUUUCACCCUUCCACAAAAAAGACCCCAUCUCAGAUGGCCGUGGGAGGCCUCUGUCCCCUCCAGGACCCAUCUCCAGGCCAUGGGAACACUCAUGCCUUCUUCACCCCUCUGCUGGCGGGAGGGGAGCUCCUUUGCAGCUACAAAUGUGUUGAAGGGCCCAAGGCUGGUGUCUGGGGAUCCUGGAGGAGCUGUCACCAUCCAGUGUCAUUAUGCCCCCUCAUCUGUCAACAGGCACCAGAGGAAGUACUGGUGCCGUCUGGGGCCCUCAAGAUGGAUCUGCCAGACCAUUGUGUCCACCAACCACUAUAUUCACCAUCGCUAUCGUGACCGCGUGGCCCUCACAGACUUUCCGCAGAGGGGCUUGUUUGUGGUGAGGCUGUCCCAGCUGUCCCCGGAGGACAUCGGAUGCUACCUCUGCGGCAUUGGAGAUGAAAACAACCUGCUGUUCUUUAGCAUGAAUCUGACCGUCUCAGCAGGUCCCUCCAGCAGCCUCCCCACAGCCACUCCAGCUGCUGGGGAGCUCCCCAUGAGAUCCUAUGGAACAGCGUCUCCAGUGGCCAACAGGUGGACCCCAGGAACAACCCAGACCUUAGGACAGGCGACAGCGUGGGACACAGUUGCUUCAACUCUAGGAACCAGCAUGACCAGAGCUUCAGCUGAGGGAAGACAAACCUCAGGAGCAACCAGGCCAGCAGCUCCAGGGACAGGCAGCCGGGCGGAGGGUUCUCCCAAAGCACCAGCUCCCAUUCCAGAGAGUCCAGCUUCAGAAAGCAGAAGCAGAAUGUUCAAUACAACGGAAGGUGUUUGGGGCGGCACCAGAAGCUCAGUGACAAACAAGGCUAGAGCCAGCAAAGAUGGGAGGGAGAUGACAACCACCAAGGUCGAUAGGCCAAGGGAGGACACAGAGAGGGUCAGGAUAGCUCUUGAAGCAGCCAAAAAGGCCCUAGGAACCAUUAGUCCACCAGCUCCGGUCUCAGAAACUUUGGCUUGGGAAAUCCUCCCACAAUGUUGCUUAGAAACCAGUGUUUCUAAGCAACAAUCUCUGGGCCCCAUUGGAAAAACAACUCCAGCUGCAGGCGUGUGGACCUUGGGAACCACCAACAUAGAGGCAGCAUCCGGGGAAGGAAGCGUUGCAGGGGACCUAGAUGCUGCCACUGGAGACAGAGGUUCCCAAGCAACGCCGAGCCAGGCCCUGGCAGUAGGACCCUGGAAGCCCCCUGGCAAGGAGUCUUCUGUGAAGAGGUAACCCCCAGAAGAUGAAAGCAACUCUUGGACACUGGCUCCCGUCUCUACCUUGCUGGUCUUGUUUAUGCUUAUGGCUCUCGUUCUAUUGCAAAGGAAGCUCUGGAGAAGGAGGACCUCUCAGGAGGCAGAAAGGGUCACCCUGAUUCAGAUGACACGUGUUCUGGAGGUGAACCUCCAACCAGACCAGCUGCCCCACAUGGAAAGAAAGAUGCUUCAGGAUGACUCUCUUCCCGCUGGGACCAGCCUGACUGCCCCAGAGAGGAAUCCAGGACCCUGAGGAAUGGAAAGAUGAACUGCUCAGUCAUCGUGGAAGGAGGACCGAGAUCAAAGGCCAUCAG